CGCGGUGAAAUCAUUAGCGCGCAGAGUUUACUGCUUACAUAGUGUGCUUAUACACACUGUAUACGUCAGACAGCGGCCGGCUUUCGCUCGAAUAACACAAGCAACGCAAGAUGAAUAAACUCGUCGGGUUAACUCGGAAUUUUUCCAGUUCCGCAAAUUUAAAUGCAAUAAAAACUGUGACAGUUGUCGGCGGAGGGCUUAUGGGCUCUGGAAUCGCUCAGGUGACAGCGCAAGCAGGCCAGAAUGUGACAAUAGUUGAUUUGCAACCUGAACUCUUGGACAAAGCCCAGAAGUCGAUCCAGGCUAACCUCACCCGUGUAGGCAGGAAGCUGUAUAAAGAUGAUGCUGGGAAAGUGGAGGGCUUUGUCAGCGAUUCCCUGGACAGGAUCAAAGUGUCCACCAAGGUCGAGGAUGGUGCUAACGCUGAUCUGAUUAUCGAAGCCAUUGUUGAGAAACUGGAUGUCAAGCAGGAGCUGUUUAAUAAGCUUGAUCAGUUAGCGCCAGAGCACACUCUGCUGGCUACGAACACGUCGUCUAUAUCUGUGAACGCCAUCGGGGCAGGCAUCAAGAGGAAGGAUAAAUUCGGCGGACUCCACUUCUUCAACCCUGUGCCGGUGAUGCGACUCCUGGAGGUGAUCAAGAGCGAUCAGAUGUCCGAGGAUACGUACCAGGCUAUGAUGUCCUGGGGCAAGUCCGUGGGCAAGACUUGCAUCACAUGCAAGGACACUCCUGGGUUCGUGGUGAACAGGCUGCUCGGGCCGUACAGCGCGGAGGCUCUGCGGCUCUAUGAGAGAGGCGAUGCGACCGCGGAAGACAUCGAUACAGCCAUGAAGUUAGGCGCGGGCUACCCCAUGGGACCUCUAGAGCUUGCUGACUUCACAGGUCUGGAUACCAAGAAGUAUAUCCUGGCUAUCAUGCUGGAAAAGACGGGGGAUCCAGUGUUUAGACCCAUAGGAAUCCUGGAUAAACUAAUUAACGAAGGGAAAUAUGGAAGGAAGACUGGUGAAGGCAUUUAUAAAUACAAGUGACGAAUUUAAUUGAAUGUUAAAAUACUAAUAAAUCGUAGUGACGUAAU